GUAGUUUGUUGUGCCUUCUCUUUGCUGCGCUUCCUUUUUUUUUAACUUUUACUUUUAGCGUGCACGAGAGUAACUCUUUACUCUCAUAUGGGUAAUAUCAUUAAAAAGUACAUAGAAAGCGGCAGUGACACACAAUGGCUUCUUCAUCGCCUCUUUUAAAUGCCUGCACAACCAUCUUCGUCACAGGGCUCCCCACAAUAGCAAACGAUGCGGACGUACGGUCUCUCUUCAGCUCUUAUGGGCGGGUGACGCACGUGAAGAUCAAUUGCCUGAGAGGCAAGCCAAACGGAACUGCCCAGGUACGGUUUCGCUCUCCAGUAGCAGAGCUGCAGCCCGGCACGUUAGUGACACUCAUGGAUCACACCGUGAACGUGCGACAGCUGCCCAACCCUAUUGUCAAGCCAGUUGUGCUUUCUGUGGCCGAAGAAAAUCUCAACAGUAGUACCACUCCUGUGCAGCCUGCACAAGCUGCCCGGUCACCGCCAGAAGAUGCAGCGUCAUCGACGCCUCUACCGGCAGGGGGUGAAGGUCAGCCAGUACCUUCGGCAGCCUCGUGUCCCAAGGUCGAUGAUAGAGCCGUGAAGGAAGACCCAUCACACACCGCCUCUCCUUUUUCUUCCGAAACACAGGCAGAAUCAGCCACGCCUUCAACUUCCGUGGUGCGCGAUGAAUCGCCAGAGUUGAUGUACGACAAACUGCCGCCUCUUCCCGAUGCUUUCUGCGCGUCUUCUUCCGAUGAUGACAGUUAG